AUGCCGGCUGCAGCGGGCGAUGGGCUUGGCGAGUCGCCCUCCAGGUUCCUGGCCGGGGAGAAGCCGCCUCCUCUGCUCCUGGAAGAGAGCUUCCUGCCCCCCUGUGUGAGCAACGUGUCCCGGGACGCCCUGCGCACCUUCCAGCACACCAAGAGGGUGGGCAACUACCUGAUCGGCAGGAAACUGGGGGAAGGGUCCUUCGCCAAGGUCAGAGAGGGUCUGCAUGUGGUCACUGGAGAGAAGGUAACCUCAACUUUACUAUCAUUCAUUGUGUUAGCGUGCUGCCAUUACAUCUCAUUUAUUUUAAUUUCUCAUUCGUUGAAAUGCUGUUUAAAUAUUAAAUAAACUUGCUGAUGACUGUUGUACCUGCAAAAAUGUUUUUAAAAAAUAAAAUAAAAAAAAUUCUGAACUUUUUAAAGCUAAAUCUUCUUCAUAAGGUUCAUCCAAACUCCUGGCUGAGGUUAAUAUGAGUUGAUUGUUCUCUACUAUUGCAGUGCAACAUUCCAGCCAGCCCUGUGUGUGUAUGUAGUGUGUAAUGUUUGCUACAUUUGUUACUUUACACCAGGUUCUGAAGGGCUGACAUUCUCUGCCUGCUACUCUGCUCCUCGAGCUAACAUUCUAUCUGCCCAGUCCUUGUACUGACCAAUACAAUGUGCAAAGCAAACCUUGGCUACUUCAGCAUGCUGUAACUAGCAGAGCCAUUUGGGUGCCAAGUGUAAUGCAGUGCACAUCCCCCAUUUUUUUUUAUUUCGAGUAAAUCUUCUUACUAAUUAUUUUCAAAGUGAACACUUUGACUUGUGGUCCAUCUGCCUCUUGUAUGGGAGAGAGCUUGCAUUUAAGGCAUUGUGGGACACGACUAGUAAAAAUAUGCAAACUUUUGUGAACUUCUCCUUUUACAAAUUGUUCACACCUGUUUUAAAUAGGGGAAACAAAGUAGACAAAACACAGCAGGAUGUCAGGGGUGUUGGAACUGUCCAAAAAGAUGGAGGUAUUCAGUGGUCCUAAUCAACAUACAUCAAUGUGGACACAAUCAGAACUCUUUAUAUUUAACAGGUUUUUGUUUUGUUCCCAAGUCUCACACAAGCAGGGUUGCCCAUUCCUCCAUCAUUUUUACUGGACAAAAAUAAGUAUUUUUGUACUCGAUGACAAAUCAUGAAAAGUGCUCCCCUGUGAGAAUUAAAUAUGUUAACAAAUCAAGAUAGUUCCUCCUUUAUUGCUUUGCAGCCUAUGAAUGCUAUAUUCUGCAGGGCAGCACGUGAAUGCUAUAUUUUGCAGGGCAGCUUUUUUCACUUUGCCCAUCUGCACAAAGGGAGUGUUAUGUAUCCAUAGCCCAUCCGCAGGCAAGGUUUCUCCUGUUUCCUAGAGAGCUCUUGGUAAACUCUCCAAUUUCCAGCAGAAAGUGAUAAAGUCCUAGGGAUGUUGCUUGCUGAGUAAUAUGGCCGCUUGUUUUCCAGAGUAAUGGGGGGGGACUGCUUUAUAUUGCUAUGUAAGAAUAUAUAAACAGAUCAGGCAUGCUGGCAAUAUGAUCUCGCUGCGCUUACAAUAGACAGAUUCAAUGAUCUCUAUUUUUCAAGUUUGUGUUCCUGGCCCCCGAGGGAAAUUACAAUGAUCAGACAUAGACUCCAGACCCAGCUUUGCAAAAGCCAUUUUAUAAUAGCCUAAUAUAAAGAAUUGUCUCUAUAAAACACCUUCUCGCCUUUUCUUCCCAAUUUGUCAAGUGAUAACCCAAUUUCAGUACAAUGGCUGUAUAAGUCGAUGACAGUUUGAAUGUUAUUCUACGAAUGUAUAUGCUGGGAGAAUAAGGGGCACAAAAGAUUAUUUAUUUUUAUUUAUUUUUUCCCCCUCCAACUGCUGUGGGCUACAAUUCUCUGAACACUUGCUAUUCAUUGGUUAUGCAUGAUUAGAGUACUCUACAAUAGCUCAAAUCUUUUGGCUUUGGUUGGCUGUGUAUGAUGGGAAGUAAUGACAGAGCAUUAUGGGAGCGUAGUCGGUUGCAGUUGUUUUGCUGGCUGAGAAGAGUGCAAGCUUUGUUGUAUAGCAUUCCUAAAACCAGUAAAUUGGUGACAGCUAGCUCUUGGACUCCAGGUGAUUCUGCUAGCUUUGUUAGCCAUCAUUGCACUAGGUUGAAGACGCCUGUCAAAUGGUGGCUGACAUUGAUGGGAAUGGUAGGCUUUAGAAGCUGGAGUGAUAAGUAUGAUUUUAUUCCUUUGUUGUGUUUUGACUUUUUCUUACAGUUCUCUGUUUUAAAGAUUUAUAUAGUGCAUGUACAGGGUAAGACCUACUUUUUUGGGGUUGUGAAUCUGUUCGAGAUGCCAAAAAAGGGGCAGUAAAACCAUCUGGAGGCCAGUCAGAUGUCCCUCGAUGACCGCAAAAUAGUCUUUCUAACCAACUUAGUUUUUGAUGUCUUCUAAAAUAUAAAGAAAAAAGUAUGUGUGUGUGUGUAUGUAUGUAUGUAUGUAUGUGUGUGUAUAUAUGUAUGUAUGUGUAUAUAUAUAUAUGUAUAUAUAUAUAUAUAUAUUUACCAGAUUUGGAGAAAUCUUUAUCUGAAUUGGAAACACCACCUCUGCCGCCCAAUAUUCAAUUUUGUCCUUAAUUCUUCAACUUCAUAAUCUACUCCCAUUAACUCGCAGAUUAGUGAAUGCAACCUUUUGUGUACACCAUUAAUGAGUUUAGCCCAUUGUAAUAGCUGCACAAUGUGUAAUUCCUCCCCCGCCCCAAUAACAAAAUAAAUAAAGAAAAAAACCUUAACAAAAUAUAAUUAUAACAAUAUAUUGUAAACACACAGCUCUCCAAUCGACUAAUUCCUUGAGGACCAAGACUGUCACUGCAGCAAGAGUCUGUUUUGUUUUUUUUAAUGUAUAAUCAUUUCUUUGUUUUGUUUUUACAUCCCAUUGUAUUUUGGCACAGAAUCCUAGAUACAGUGAGCACACAAUAUAUUGACUUGCAUCAGAGGUAGCCAAGCAUGUGCGCUUUUGCGGCUGUUGUGGCGAAACUCACAUAUUUCCUCCGCAAUUAGGCAUACAGUUAAAACUCUAGCAAAAGAUCAUGGGAAAUCAAUAGCUACCUCCUUGAUUGUAAUGUUAAUUAGACAUUUGGCUAGAGUGGUGGUAGCCAAAUGGUGCCUUUUAAUCACUCCUGAGCUGUAAUAACAAACUAUGAUGAUCUCCGUAGUGACUUUUUUUUUUCUCUUUUGCGUGACAGUCACUAGGUUUUAUAAAAAAGAUCAAAUGUUUUACAAGAAUUUACUUAUUUUUUUUUAUUAUUUUUUUUACAUUUCUUUAAAAAUUGCUGAUUUGAAAUGUAAUAAAUGGAAAUUCAUACAAUGGAAAGAAAUGUCUGUGCCACCCAUGAAAGGUGGAUUAAAGUGCAGCUUUGUUUUAAAAGACAACUGCUAUCAAAUAUUAAUUUCUCAUUUCAUAAAACUUUUUUGUUUAGUGUGUGUGUGUGUAUAAUUUAUUUAUUUUUUCUGAAAAUUUAGUUUCACCUGUCUAAGCAGUCAUAUUGACUACUACUUUCUGACCCACUGCUGUUCAGUCUAACUUGCUUGCAGCUGCUGAUUCACCCAGAGCAACCCCCCGCAGCAGGCAAGUUAGGCUGAGCAGUAGUUAGUCCGAUAAUCGUAGAGUCUGAUCCAACAUGGCUGCCCAGCCAGACCCCCAAAAAGUGAAUUUAAAAAAAAUAAAAAAUAAAAAUAAAAAAAGUGGUGAGUAGAUAUAGAAAUUGAUUAUGAAUUAAAGUUUAUUCCUGGUGAGUACCAUACAGAAUGGGCCUCGCAGCAGCUGAAUAACAGAAGGCACACCCACCAGAUGUUGUAGGACCACAGCCGCCAUGAUGCUUUGCCUGCGGUAAAUCUGGCAAGGCAUUAUGGGAGCUCACUUAAAAAUAAGUUGUGGAUUAAAAGGGAUUAGAAUUAGAGGAACUGUCCAAAACUAACUGUUUUCACCAAUGUGAAACAUUCACAGUUAACCACAGACCAGGGUGGGAUUUUACAAUUUUGGUAAUCUAAAAGCAAAUUCUAACUGAUAUUAAACAAAAGAAGCAGGACAGGUGACUCCUAGCAUGAUAGACCUUUUAUUUUUCAGUGUCCGUCAGGUGUGACUACAUCUUAUUGAGGUAUAGCGUGUUGAAUGAAAUAUACAAGGAAUCAUUUUAUGACGUUAAAUCUGGUGUGAAUCCAAUAGUCGGGGGUCUGCUGGAACUCACAGUAGAAGUUUUUUCAUGCCUCCAGCCCUGCUUAUUUGUUAACGUUUUGCAGAUUUUUCUGAACUGUUCUGAACACCUCAGUAGUAAUCCAGCACCUGGGAGGACUUAGUGAUGUUUCUUGCAUUGAGCUAUACUUUACUGCGUAAUCUAAACCUAAGACUAAUACUUUAAUAAGAGCCAUAAGUUCAUGACAGCCUGGGGGGGGGCGGUACUUAAUGAUUUACAGUACUGGAGCCUUGUCACCCUCCUCUCACGGAUAGCUGAGGAUGUAGUGUACUUGCAAUUAAAAACGAACUUGGAACCAAUAAACCUUAACGUGACUGUGAAAUAUAUUAUAUAUUAUACAAUUUACUAAUAAAUACAAAUGGCAUUGUGCAUAUUUAUUUAUGGAUAUAAUUUACAUUUUUUUUCUCUUUUUGUAUCCCUCACAAUGGGAUUGAAGUUUAAAGUGACACUAUAGUCACCAGAACAACUAAAGCUUAAUGUAGUUGUUCUUGUGUCUAUAAACUGCCCCUGCAGGCUUUUUAGUGUAUAAACAGUAUAUUCAGAGAAAAGGCAGUGUUUACAUUACUACCUAGGGACACCUCCAAUAGGCUCCUCAGAUAGCUACUAGAGGGACUUCCUGGGUCAAUGUUGCUCCAUGUGCAGCACUGACGUUCAGUGUCUCAACGCUAUGUAGGGACAUGCUUAACUUUCUCCAUAGAAAUGUAUAAAAUUAAAAGCAUUUAUAUGUAGAGAUGCUGAUUGGACAGGGUGGAGUUUGGCCCCGCCCCCGACCCAACUUUUUGGCUGAGGUCAUCAUUUCUGAUGAUGUCAGCCAAGGAGGCUGAUUGGGGGUGUUGCCAGGGCAGCAGACCUGCGCUUCGCUGGGAAUAAGGUGAGUUUAUAUUAUAUUUAAGGCCGGCGGGGGGGCUAAAUAGUAUUUCUAACACUAUAGGGUCAGGAAUACAUGGUUGUGUUCCUGACCCUAUAGUGUUCCUUUAAGCAGCCUUUCUGGAGCUAUAUGUGGAGCAAUCACCAUGGCUUGAUACUUCUCUCUGAUUGACCUUUAAUUCUGUUGCCCUAGAAUUGCUCUUUUGCUGCUUCUUGUUCAAGGGUUGCAGGAGCCCCUAUCUGUGUUAAAAGGCCAUGAUUUGUGUAAUAGCCCAAAAUAAAUCUUAUUUGAUCUUUAUGAACAGACUUAUUAUAAAAUCAUUUCUUAAUACACCAGUUUAUCCCCUUUGAUAACAUGCAAUAAUUGUUCAUGCCACGGAUACAGACAUUCCUAUUGCAAAAGAUCUGUCAAAAUGACUUUCUAUGUGUUUUCUGAUUAUCAAUCAAGUGAUAGCUCGCUUAUUGGAACAAGUGAUUUUAUUAUGAAUCUUGUUUCCUGUUUGUAGAGAUGUAAAGAAUUGCCGUUGCUUCCCAUGUGCUUAAUGUCGAACUUGUUCUAUGAAUUAUAAUCUUAUUAUCAUGCUGUGAGUUAUACACUGAGGACUAUUACCAACUAUUAUUGGAAUUGUAGGGAAUUGACAGGGGAAUCGUUAAGACAAAAUAGCUGAUCUAGCAAAGGAGCAUUUGGAGAAAUUCUAAAAUUUGCAAUUCCUUAAUUCUCCCCAUAAUUCUCACUAUUGAAAAGACUAAAAAUUCACUGAUUUAAGGCAUUUUGUAGGAAAGCUCAGAUCUAAACAGAAAGGGUAAUCUGAAGCUAUAAUAUAGAUUUAAAAAAAUAAAAUAAAAAAAUUUCUACUUGAGUAUUUCUUUUAGGCAAUAACAUAAGCCAUAACUGUAUCCUCAUGUGUAUAAUUCUAUAUCCUGCGCUCUGCAUCUGGAAUGAAUUUUUGUUAAAUGGUCGAUGUAUGUAGAGGUAUAAAAUAAAACCCAACUAAUUAUAAAUAAAAUAACACGUGUAUUAAUGUUUCCCUCAAACCAUGAGUAAAAUCCACUUUGCAAUUGACAGAUGUUGACUUUAUUUUCUGUACCCUGGCGACUUUUUUAUAGUGUUUUAUUUAUUUAUUUUCUUAACACUGUAGGGCUAAAAUAAAUUAAUGGUAUUUUCAGACAACCCUACAUUGUUAAACUGCAUGGGAUGUCACUUUUCAGAUUUGUAAUAUUGUUUACUUAAUAAAUAUAUAGAAAUAAAACUCUUACAAUCUGUGAGGCUUGAUAUCGCUGUUUAGUGAAUCAGCUAAUGCGCUGGAUUGUGUGUUUAUAUGUAUAUAAAUAUGCAGCACAUAUAUAUAUAUAUAGCCCUAGCCAUCCUUGGUUGUUGUGCAUGUGUGUGUAAAAUAUAUAUACUGGUCCUUGCACACUCACUCUAAUAUUAGUGUCACCGGGUGCAUACUUGAAGCCAAGUGCCAAAACAUAUAAAAUAAAUAAUAAAUGGCUUGCACUCACGGUUUCUUUUGAAGUAAAAAAAAAAAAAUUCCUUUAUUGUACAUUCGUAAGACACUGAUCAACAUUUCAGCCCCCAUCUGUGGCUUUCCUCAGGAUCAUACAUCCUGAGGAAAGCCACAGACAGGGGCUGAAACGUCAAAAAGGAAAGGUGUGUGUGUGUGUGUGUGUGUGUGUAUAUAUGUAUAUGUGUAUGUAUAUGUGUAUGUAUGUAUAUAUGUAUAUGUGUAUGUAUGUAUGUAUAUAUAUAUAUAUAUAUAUAUAUAUGUAUAUAUAUAUAUAUGUAUGUGUAUAUAUAUAUAUAUAUAUGUAUAUAUAUAUAUAUAUAUAUAUAUAUAUAUAUAUAUAUAUAUAUAUAUAUAUAUAUUUCUUCAAAGAAACCGUGAGUGCAAGCCAUUUAUUAUUUAUAAUAUAUAAUUUUUUUUUUUAUGAAAAUGUACAAUGCAAAUCAUUAACACAUAAAUGUAUUGCCUUUUUAUGAUGCAAUUAUAGCAGUAAACAUGGUAAAAUAUGUAGCUUACGGUAUAUAGUCACAUGGUAUUGCUUAACAAAUCAGAAAUAAAAGCACUUAAAAUAGAAAAGUAAACUAAAUUAGUAAGGAAGUAUGAAGUUCCCUAAUGCAUCCCCCUAUAUAUUUAACCAAUAUAUAUUUGUUAGGUGUGAAAAAAUGUAAUUUAAAUAUAGAGAUUUACAUGUAUUUUUAUCCUUCAACAGGGUGACUCCAUCUUGGCUUCCUGUUAAUUAUUAUUAAAAGCUCUGUCCUUUUUAAACUGGAAGUCGGCUUUAAAAAACCAAAAGCAUACAGGGAAGAGGAGAAUUGAAUCAAUGGGGGUUAUGUGUAAAAAGUGUUGUGGUCUCAAAUACUAAAAGCAGGGCAGGCACAUUGCAUUGGUGAAUCCUCCCUUUUCCCAUGUUUGCACUAUUCUUCAGAGCUGACACUUUUUAUCUAACCCUCCAGUGCUUAUAUUUUGCAACCUCAUUUAAAUUGUGCACCUUGACUGUGCUUGGACAGGACUGAGAUUGUGAUGUAGUUUACUAAAUAUUUAGUACGUAUUUUUCAUUCAAAAGUUGUAAUACAGAGAAGUGGCCAUUCCCCUUUUUAAUUUGAAAUUUUAUUGAACUUUGUCCCUGUUUAAUAUAUGGCAUAUAUUCAUUUAUUUAUUUUUUCUCCCACCUCCGCCAGGUAACAAAAUCCUAUUUACUUUGUAACCCCGUGGAGCAUCUUUUUUAAAUGGAUUCUAAGAAUACUUCUCUGAUACUUGAUUUUAAUAAAUGCUUAAAAAUAGACUCAGCCUUGUGACAAGAUUGGUGUACAGAACAUUCUUUUUUAGACGCACAGAUUAGAUUAACAGUUUGUGAUGGCUGUACAGAUCCACACAAAAGCAGAAGGCCUUUCUUAUUGUGUCACGGAUGAAGAGCAAUUCUAAAUAAACACUGACUGUUCUUUUCAAUAGGAUUCGCAGAACAUAAGCGGGCUGCAUCUUCAGUGCAGAUAUUGCAGAAAGAAAAAUGUCCUUAUGUAUUGAAUCUAAAUAUACAAUUUUUUUUUUUUUUCUGCUUUUUAUAUGGGUGAACGUACAUUGACAAUUUACUGACGCAGGUGCAGUAUAUGACUUCAGAUACGUAACUUGGUUGUAUCUGAGUUAUCAAAUGGGAACUGUAUCUAAGUGGGACUCUUAAAUAUUAUUCAUGGGAAAAACGAUCUAAAAUAAUACAAAGCCUGGCUUUGAUGCACACUGUCUUUUCUAUUUGUUUGCUUUAUUUUUUUUUAAAUUAUAUAUUGUGUCCCCCCUCUUAAUGUUAAAGGGACACUGUCACUUCUGUGUAUUUUUUUUAAAGGGACUCUCCAGGCAGCCCUUUUUACUCCCCUGGUUCCAGCGCCAAGAGCCUCGUGAAGCCACGCCCUCUAUUUAGUCAAACUGAUGAAAUAGGCGGGCGCGAGCAGGGAGCAAUCAGACGCUUCCAUUUGGAAGCGUCAUUGCUCCCUUGUGCGCAUGCGCGGCUUCGCCCUACUUCAUGCCGCCCUCUGAAGUCCUGAGCGCACUACCGCGCAUGCACGCGGUGUGCACAGCCGCUCUCUCCUGCACAAGUCAGACGUUUUUUAAUACGUCUGACGUGUACAUGGCCUUUUAGGGCCAUACCUGAUAGGAAGUCCCUCUGGUGGCCGUCUCUGAAAAUACAGUGUUUACAUUAGAUUGCCUGCAGGGAGCUAUAGAUCUCACCUCAACAACUACAUUAAGCUGUAGUUGUUCAGGUGACUAUAGUGCCCCUUUAAUAUUAUGUCUAAAGGAACACUAUAGUCACCUAAACAACUUUUAGCUUAAUGAAGCAGUUUUAGUAUAUAGAUCAUGUCUCUCAGGUUCCAUGGCUCAAUUCACUGCCAUUUAGGAGUUAAAUCACUUUAUUUUUAUGCAGCCCUUGUCACACCUCUCCUGGCUAUGAUUGACACAGCCUGCAUGAAUAAAACUGGUUUCACUUUUAAUCAGAUGUGAUUUACCUUAAACAAUUGUUUAUCUCCUUUCUCUGUAAAUUGAACUUUACUCACAUACAGGAGGCUUUUAACAUCGCAGGAUAUAAGAAAAUCUAAAUUAAACAAAACUUGCAAUAAAGGAAGGAUAGAUUGUAGAUGACUCUUUACAGGAAGUGUUAAGGGAGGCUGUGCAAGUCACAUGCAGGGAGGUGUGACUAGGGUUCAUAAACAAAGUGAUUUAACUCCUUAAUGGCAGAUAAUUGAGCAGUGAGGCUGCAGGGUCAUGAUCUAUACACCAAAACUGCUUCAUUAAGCUAAAGCUGUUUUGGUGACUAUAAUGUCCCUUUAAGCUACCCUAUAUUUAACAAGUAUAUGUUUGUGAGGUGUGAAAAACGGUUUAGUGCAAAAAUCUGCACUAGUGUGCCUCCAUCUUGGAUGUCUGUCAAUCAUUGUAAUAAGCUCUGUCCUUUCUUCCAGGCUGUAAGCAUAGAGAAACCAUAUAAAGAAGGGCAGAAAUGGAACAAUGCUUCUAUUUCUUCUCGUUUGCACAGGCUUUGCUUUGUCUGACCCAGGUUAUGAUCUAAUUUGCUAAUCUUUAAUAUUCAAAAAAUAAAUAAUGGAGCAUUUCAUUACAAAAUAAAAGGGGAGGGGCAGAGAUGGUGGGCCACCCCAGGUAUAGGUGAUUUUCUUUGUUUAUUUAAUUAUGUUUAAAGUCUAGAGAAGUGACCGUUUCCCUUUGAGAGCAUUUUGCAUAUGUGUGGAUGCCUCCUCUUGCUGUUACAUUCACAGAGCCAUUAUUCUAUUAAAGUAGUUCUUUCACCGGAAGUAAACUAUACACCAUACAUUUAUUUAUUGUAAUUUUUUCCAGCCAUUUGUUUUUUUUAAAAUUUUUUUAUUAUUAUAAAUAUCAAAUAAAAGCUUUUAAUUAAACAUUGGACACAGUGUCAACAUAAAGUUCAAACAACCAUUCCCUGUUUCUUGUAUGGUGGGAACCAAUGUAAAUCAGACUCUGGCUAUACAAGACGUACUUGAAAACGAGAGAAAUCUCAAUAUAUCCUUCCUGUAAAUGCAUUUAUAUCACAUGGUAGAUGCAGCCUUUCCUUGUAGUUAAUGGUUGUUCACCUCUUCAAGAAUUGUUCUAAUUGCCUUGUAAUUUUAAAUUUGCCCCAUUGCUGGCCUUUCGGUGAUGAUGGUUUCAUUACUUCACUGUGAUUCUGCCUUUGGCAAUAUCGGUACAUUACAACAACAACAUUCUGAAUUCCAUAACCGUACAACUCCUUAGCUGACACAUCAUACACCUGGCAUUCUAAGCAGUGCAAUCCUAUUAUGUAAUACUAGAUGCGUACGUAUUCAUGAUCAGAUUUAUACAUAAACCGCUUGAUUAAUGUCUUCCUCAUCCUGUUGGUCAUUAUUUAAUCCCAUCAUCCUCUCGAUAACUAGAAAACAUUUAGUCUGCCACUUAAUUGAACUAAUCUACGAUGUAUGUGUAUAUCUACGACUAGGUGCAACUAGGUGACUCUCUCUUUAAUUUUUCUACAAAUACAAAAAGAGAAGUCCUGCGCUCACUUCCAUCACUACUGGGCCGGCAGCAAUGACUACAGUACACAUCAGCCCCAAUAUAUAGUAAAAAACAAAGAAAAGAAAGUUACCUGCGCUCUCUCCUUAAUCCCUAUGUAUAUUUAGACAGUUUUGUGUCCUACCCUGGCUUGUAACCCUGGCUGAUCCUCAGCAUCUGAUACUAUUCAUGUGUUUUGUAAUAUGAAAGACUGAUCACUGACUUUCAAGAUACCUAUGCUUUCUGAAGUGUUUGUCUUUUUGUUUUCUAAAUAUAUGUAUAUAUUUUAAAAAUCGUUUUUAGCUGUGAAGAUUUCCAAGCAAUCACAAGUGUUGAUAUAUAACAUUAAUUACUCAAGCAUAAGAAUAGUUGUGAAUUCAAGUCAAACCUCCUUUUAGUUUAAUAUGUGACCAAGACAGUGCUCCCGGUUUUCAAGAAUCAUAAAUCCCUUUGCCCCCUUUGUUUUAAUGUCAUGAUCCCAUUUUAGGACUUCCCGAUCUUAUAUCUUGCAGUGCAGUAUAACUGUGCCAGGUAUAUAUCGGAACACUACACUUGGCAAAAAAAAUACAGAACCUGUGCUAAUGUACAUACGUAGAUAUGUACCAUAUCAACUACCUAACAGUUUCACUCGUUGCUUAGAAUGAAUGGAGAAUGAUACUAUAUUAUUAUUAUUUAUAUAGCGCCAUCACAUUACGUAGCGCUGUACAAUGGGUGGGCUAACAGACGUGUAAUUGCAACCAGACAACUGGUCGUACAUGAACAGAGAGGUGGAAGGCCCUGCUCAAUGAGCUUACAUGCUAGAUAUAUUCUAAUAUAUGAACUGAUCAUAGUCAUUACUCCGCUGCUAUCAUUAUAAUCUCAUUCUCAUUUCUCAGUUUUGUGAACCUGGCUACAUACAGAAUAUUCUCAUGAUUUUAGCCUCAUUUAUGCUGGGGUAUAUAUAAUUUUUUAAAAUUGUUAAAUGAAAUCUAUUUUAAAAUUUAUAGUACGCAACAUUUUAUUAAAAUCUAAUUUUUUUUUUUUAUUAUUAAAUUCCAAACUUUUACUGAUGGAAAAAGUGAAGCCAGUCGAUAAGCAGGCAUGUUUUUCGCAUAUGAAAUGAGUUAUAUUUAUCUGCAACAUUUUAAUGGCUCCCAUUAUUGGUUUUGUUUUGAAAUGCUACAAAGGAAAACCACUCACUCAGUUUGCACUAUGUGCCCUUCUGCUCAAUAGCUGUUUAGAAAUUUUAAAUGGUUCUCAUUUACAUCUUUACAAUGGCUUCUAAAAAUAAACUCAAAUCUAUUGAAGAUUAACGCAAUGGCUAAUAAUGUAAUAUCAGCUGGAGUAAUUUAAACAGAAUGUCUAAGGAUAGAUAUAUUUUUAAUAUUUAUUUUUUAUUUUUUUCUAGGCUGCAUUUAAAAAGCCUGACAACUAUUUACUCGAUUAGAAUCAUGAAAUAUGUGGGGGAAAAACAACCCAUGAAUACAAUGUUUUUUUUCGAGACAUGUGUCUAAUUAGAAGGGAGAUGAUUGCUACCAUUUUUAGCAGUGCCAGUAAUAGCCUCUCAGAUCUCCGUUCCAGACACACACAAGAUUUUAUAAAGGCUGAAGAAAGUGUCAAAAUCCCAGGGCAAUGCAGGUAACGCUAAGGACAGGGGACAGACUAUUAGAAGUCUUAACUAAUAGGUCAAAUACCGUCUCCGUAGCUCACUAGUCUGUGAUUCCCAGAAAUCAAGAUCUUUGCUAGUUAUUGGUUAUUAAUCUAAUUUUCAAAAAAAAAUUUAUACCUAUUACCACCAAACUCUUGAUAAAAAGGGAAAAAAUAUGACGGUUGAAACAGAAGCGCCCUUGUCUUUUGACCUCCCCCCCAAAGUUCAGCUUUUUGCUGAAUGUUAAAAAUGAUGGAAGUCCAUAAGUUGGGUAGGUUGUGGUUGGUCGAUGCUUGUUUCUACAGUGACCACCAUGUUGAUAGAGGCAGAACCAAACUUUUGAGACUGGGUAGAAUUAAAAAAUGCCUUUUAAUCAAUUUCUGGUGCAGACCUGAGCUACAGGUUUACUGCCAAGAGUGGUGCCCGUCUUGAAGAAGGAAGGGGGAACAGUAGGAGAGCAUAUGACAACUUCAGAUUGUGGUAGAAAUGCAGUUAUAUAUUCUGUUCCAUUACAUAUAACGGUUUGUCAGUGAUAGAGAAACAUUGCUUUACAUGGAUUAAGCUACUUAUUGCAAGCCCAUAAAGUGUAUAGUCUUUCUGACUUUCUCGCUAGUAAAUAUUGAUUAUAUUGAAAGAUAAACAUCAAAUUGGCUGCACCUGUAAUCAUGGCUGACUAUUUCUUACCUGUUCUUUAAGUGUGUGUGCGUAUAUAGUAUAUAUCUAUAUACACAUUUAUUUUUUUUUUUUUUUAAUAUUAUAUUGUAUCCAAUUGUAAUGUUUCAGUGUUCGUGAGCCCAGGACAAGAGAAAUCUCACUAUAUUCUUCCUGGUAACAUAUUUUUAUAAAUUUCUUUUAUACAUAAACUCUUUUAUUUACUUUUUUGGUUGAGAAAAGUAAUUGCAUGAUGUGGCCAGAGAUGAGCGAAAUCUCAGACAUUUUAACUUAUUUUUACACGUGGAAAGUGUGCAUCAACUUAUAAAGGCUCAUAGCAGGAUUUAUAUCCUUUUAUCCUUUAAAAUGCAGCAUGAUACAGUGAGAUGCUAAUGGAACCCAAUGGUUUUGCUUUUAAAAAAAAUUCAUAUAUUCUCUGAAAUCGGGCUGGCUCAGCAUGAUGUGGUUUGUAGUCCCCACAGCAGAAAUGCCAGCAGGUUUGUUUAUAUAUUUUUAAAUUAAACACAAUGGGAAAAACGACAUCCUUUUAAUGCAGAUUUACAUCUUUUUUCUCCAUUACAAACCUUCUUUGCUAUUUUAAUCUGAAAAAUCCAUUUCAAUGUGUGAGGAAAGGAGCCUUCUCCAAAUUGCUUGCAGAAGGAAAUAGCUCUGUAGACACACGGUGGUUUGUUUUUCUUCAGGAUUCGGUUUCUCCUGGAGCAGAAAACCCUCUCAUUAUUAGGUGCUAUCAGGUUCCCAUUUUCCUUCUCGUACAAAGGAGAGAUUUUCAGGAAACCUUAGAACUGUAGUACUCUCUGCUUUACUGUAGGGGAAUGCUGGGAAAACUACAAAACAGGGAAACUUUAUAGUAGAGAUAUAUGAUAUAACUGGUUUUAUUUAUUUUAUUGUGGCUUGAAUUACCCAUUUAUUUGUUGGUGAAGAAUGUCGUGGUGCACCUAUAGUGAGUUUAGUUUUGAUUUUUUAUUUUUUUUUUUUCACGUAAGCUCAUUGUUCAGGGCCCUCCACCUCUCUGUUCCUGUACGUCCAGUUGUCAGGUUACAAUUACAUGUCUGUUAGUCCACCCAUUGUACAGCGCUACGGAAUCUGAUGGUGCUAUAUAAAUAAUAAUAAUCACAGGCCGUAGUUAAGGUGACUAAUUUAAAGUCUUAAAUUAGAGGGACAAAGGUUUAAAAAUAUCAGGAAGUAUUACUUUACUGAGAGGGUAGUGGAUGCAUGGAAUAGCCUUCCAGCUGAAGUGGUAGAGGUUAACACAGUUUUAAGCAUGCGUGGGAUAGGCAUAAGGCUAUCCUAACUAUAAGAUAAGACUAGGGACUAAUGAAAGUAUUUAGAAAAUUGGGCAGACUAGAUGGGCCGAAUGGUUCUUAUCUGCCGUCACAUUCUAUGUUUCUAUGUGACCACGCCAUGUAAAUCUCAUGCAGAUAUCACACACGGCUGGCAUCUCCUGACAUGACUUUUGUGCACUCAGGCCGGUCAGCCCCUGAAUAUCUGCAUAUGGGAAGCUGACAGUUCCUUAUCCUCUUGAACGUAAUCUGCUUUGAGCUUUUCUGACCGUUUUCCAGUCUGUACAAAAUGUGUAAUAGCACUGCAUGCAUUACUUUGCAGAACUAAUGCAGGAUUUUAUUCCUGGCACCUUGUAAUUCUGGGUAGUUGUAGAACACAUUGAAAGCAGGCUUAGCAAUUGUUGGUUUUUAUUAUGCCCAGUGAAGACCAGAAUAAAUUCUACCCAGCCCCGAAAGUACAUCCCAUUGUAUUGACUUUCUCUCUUGAUUUCCUGCCAACCACGUAGACCAGAAGUUCCAUCACAUGUUCUCACCCAUAGCUGUAGUCCAGGAAGAACUGAGCGAAUGAUGGAAUGAUUGUCCUAAUUGUUUUGAGAUUCCAUAUUCUUUUAUAGUUGAUACAUUGGUGCAAUAAUUUUGUGUUGUGUAUGAAGAAAACAGAGGCCUAUUCUAGGCAGUUGUUUGUUUACUGGGUGUACUCAUGACUAUGGCUACUCCCCUGUUGUGUUUCUGAGAAAAUAAUCAUUAUUGUGUGCUUUAUUUAUAAAAUAUUUUACCAGGAAAGAUACAUUGAGAUGUCUCUCGUUUUCAAGUAUGUCCCAAGCGUUACGUGCUCUGUCAUGUCAUUGCGCACAUGGAAGUCCUCGUCUAUGAUCUGAUCUUACUGUUUAGGAGAAUGCAACAACAGAUAUCCUUUUGUACAUCACAAAAUGUAUGUAUUGUUAAUAUUAGUGGCUUUCUCUGAGUUAGGCAGUUUGUUUUUGUUGGGUGUGUUUUUUAUUUUGGUUUUGGGGGGGGGCCGCAGUGAAGGGAAGCGAUGUGGCAUAUUUUGAUCAUUUUUCAUAAUACAAUAUGUGUAGAUAUAGGUGUGUCAGAGCUGCCCCUGCCUCUCUGCACUUAUUAAAAAAAUAUUAAAAAAGAAAUGUUCUCCAACAAUCAGAUCUUAUGUCCAAAGGUUUCACUUUAGUGAUUUUUUUUUUUUUCCUCUCCCUAUCAAUAAGUGUCGUUUUUAGUUCCUUGUCCUAGUAUGUCCGUCCAGAGUUGCCCCUGUGCCUCUUUAUUAUACAGUGAUUAAUCGGAGACCAUUUUUUUUUUUUAUAAAAUCCGAAAUAGCCAUGUGUAGCGUAUUUCAUGUUAUCCUGAGAUUGAAAGAGUCCAGCCCUGUCCUAUCCAUUUAAAGCUAAAACACCAAGUCAAAUAUUUUCUUUCAUAAUUUUCCCUUAAAAAAUGUACUCUGUAGCGGAAAAGCAGCUGGUAGAUUCCUACUGGAUUGAGUUACUCUGCCGCUUUAUAUAAUCAAGAUUUUCUUUUGUGCACAGAAAACAAUGAAAGCUUGUUACCCUAGUUAAUUAUAAAAUCCCAAUGCUGUAAUGCUCAGCAUGGUUUAAAGCACAAGGCAGUGAGCACACAUUUUAUUUAUUUAUUUUCGCCACCUACUUUUUUCAAUGGUUUCAAAAAGCUGUAGAUUCCAUUCUGAUGCCCAUUUAAUGCACAAAAGCCAAAUGCCCCUCAACAAACCUAUAUUGUAGAAGGUUAAUUCUAAGCUAGUUUUUAUUUAGUUUUUUUUUCUCAAAGCCAAGGGCAAAUCACUCAGUGGCCGCUUCUAUUCAUGACUUGGUUCGAUAUAUUUUGUGAACUUUACAGCGGCAGCAGUCGUCCAAACAAAUAAUGGUUUGAGACAGCUAACCUACUUGUCACAUCUCACCUGGUGAUCAAAUCUGACUGGCUCUAACAGGCUGGAAAGGCGUAUGGACUGGUGCUGUGCACUGCCUGUAUGUUUCACCGUCAGAGACAAAUAGAUUAACAUAUAUUUAUUAUAAAUUAUUUGGAGUACCAAGCUGAACCAUCACUGCUCUGUAGAAUGCAACAAAUGCAGUACAAUUUGUUUGAAUUUCUGUUUGUUUGUUUUUUUGUUUGUUUUUCUGUGGUUUCUACUUCUGAUUGAAUCUUAUUUGUUUAAUUUAUUAUUGAUUUAUUUUUAAAUCACUGUCAUAAUUGGUUCUUUGUUUAUUUGUGUUUUUUUUUUUUUUUGUUUUACAAUCAAAGCAUUUCUGUUUAACCUUGAGCACAAUCCACGUCCAUUAUUCUUCUCUCAACCUGAGCUUGAACUGAAUACAUUUGGUCUUUGUCAAACUUGACAUCUACAAAAGAUUCAGGAACCUGUUUUACAGCAUUGAUUGUUACAAUAACUCCAUAAUUAAGGAUGAGCAAAAUCUCUUGUUUUAAAAUUUUUGUUGUUUUCCAAUCUCAUAGUAACUCUAACUAAAAUUUCACUAAAUUGUUGGCUUUUAAAAAAAAAUAAAUUUAUUUUAAAUCUCCUGAUGAAACAUCAGGUAGGGAUGGAAGGUCCUAUGUAUUAAAACGUACUUCAUCACAAAACUGGAAUAUACUAUACUUGAGUGUCUUUUAGGGAGUGAUGGCUAACCUGGGUGCGUACAUCAAAUGUCUGCGACCUACAUCUCCCAACCUCGAUACUACACCUCCCAACAUUUCAAAAUCUGGACAAUGCGGGGAGUGUUUUGAGUGACUUGCUAAUAACUGUAUGCAACUAAAAUGUAAUUUAGAACAAGAACAAUGUAUGUUGUUUAUGUAGACUGAUUUCUAAACACAUUCAUCAUAGUUUAAAGACACAUACACAGGAAAAAUAGAACAGGAUAAAAAAGAGGGACAAGGGGAUUUGGACCCAAAAUCAGGACUGUCCCUCUUAAAUAAGGACAGUUGGGUGGUAUGGUAGGCUGGUUGUCUCAUGGGACACUAUUGCAGAAUCCUCUGUUGUCUAGGUUUUUUUUUUUUUUUCUUCUCUUAUAUAACACUAUUCUUAUCAAACCACCCGUGUGUGUGUAAUGUAAAAUUCUCAAAGGGCCAUCUUAUCUAAAGUAUGUAUAAUUACGGAAUUGUGCAUCAUUGUAAUGGUAUAGUAUUUGCGGUCUAGGUGAUAGCAGUUCUCAGCAAUUUUUUUUUUUUUUUUAAAUUUAUUUAUUUUGUUUAAAGGACCAUGAUGUAAGCACUCUGCUUCAUCUCGCUGAAGAUUGUUCAUCUUAUUAAAUGUGGUGAUCAGGCUAAUGAGGAAAUACUGAUUGGAUGAGAGAUCAGCUGAUAGCUUUCAGCCUGUAACCGCUCCCAUUGUUUGUUUGAAUUGGUAAGGCUAGAAGGGCUGUGGGUGGCCAGAGACCCUAUUCCAGUGGUAGGCAACCUUCAGCACUCCAGAUGUUGUGGACUACAACCCCCAUAAUGCUGGGAUACCUAAAAUGCUGGCAAAGCUUCACGGGAGGUGUAGUCCAAAACAUCUGUAGUGCCAAAGGUUGCCUAUUUUAUUAAUAAACCGCCUGAAAAUUGACUUGGACAGUUCCAGAAGGCUCUAGCCAAUAUUACCAAUUUAAUGAAAUGGUUAUAAUGCCUAUAGUGUUCCUUUAAUGACUCAAUGAUAGAUUCCUUGCAAAAGGGGUUAUCAGGAGGUUAAAAGCAGAUCCUGUUAAAUUAUUCAAACUGUGUUUUGAGUAAUAUUGUCUUGUGUAUUUCUAUCUUUGAACCACUGGUUUAUUUAACUCCUCUACUAAAUUAUUAACAAGAACACACACACGUCUAGUGAAGAUAUGAAAGUUAUUUAAUCAUUUUAUGCAGAAGUAAAGUCUUGCUAAACAAUUUUAGUUGGGAUUGCCUGCAGGUGAUUGGUGCUGUGUGACUUGAUAUCCUAUUAUAACCGUGACAAUGUAAGCGGUCAAGAGACCCUAACAUAGAUUAAAUUUCGGCCACGCUUUAAUACUGCACACUGUUAACCCUUAAAGCACAGAAAAGACAAAUGGUUUUUAAGGAUUACUUGGGCUUCAGGCAACAAUUUUUGUUAGUUAAGAGGGAUAAGAGAGCAAGGGUUCAUCCAAGCCGUGGCCUCUUCCGUGACUAGUAAAUUGCCUUCUCUGUAAUGCUCAAAAAGAAUGCUUGAGGCUUGGUAACCAGUUCCUUUUGUAUCUUAUUUAAUUACCAUUUUCCUCCACAUUCGCCUUGACUUGCUAUUUAGGUCCAUUUAUGGCCUCUGGGAGAUAUCCGAGAGAAGGCCUGUAAAUAGCUGAGAUGUCUUUUUCUCUGUUAUCAUGCCUUUUGAAUCUCCCCACACACACACACACACACACACACACACACACACACACACACACAAUUUUUGCUCGAGGAAUACAAGAGUCCAGCUUUUAGAAGUUAUUUUUCACAGGCAGGCUCUUGUUUUUAUUCCUCUUCCAUACUUUGCUUUUUAAGUGCACACAAGUGAUACCAAUGAAAAGAAAAACCAUUUGAUAAUGUUUUCCAAAUAAUAAAAUAAAACUAAUAAAAUGUACUGGCAUUAUACAGGGAAACGUAUUGCGGCUGGAAAUUAAUUGCAUGGUUAGGCUCAAUAGCGGUUUCCAGCUCUUAAAAGAACACUCCAAGCACCAUAACCACAACAGGGCGCAGGACCUCUGUGUUGGAACGGAGCCCCUCCAUCUUGGCGUCCUAUUACUUAUUGUUGUAAGCUCUGCCCUUUGCACAGACAGGUGGUGGAAAGAAACUGUCUGUGCCUGGACUAAGCUAGGUUCAGAUGUCAAUUUAUCAAGCAUCACAUGUAAUCAAAAAAAAUCAAGGUAUUAAUGUAUUUUCCAGAAAAUUAUUGUUUCUUAUUUAACAGACACAGAACUUGUGAGGUUGACAGAAUUGUUCUCUAUACAGUUUUGUCUGAACAUCACCCAAGGCUUAAAUAAGUCCGUAUCCCUGUCUAUAUGAAUUACAUUAUCACUCACAAUCUUCUUACUUCUAAUAAUGUAACGAAUGCAAAGCAUGUACUUGUGAAAAUGUUGCUUCACCUGAACAUGUAUGGAAUUCUUACAAAAUGUAUCUUUUCUUCACAGGUGGCUGUUAAAGUUAUAGAUAAGAAGAAAGCCAAAAAGGACACGUAUGUGACCAAGAACCUACGCAGGGAAGGCCAAAUCCAGCAAAUGAUUAGGCACCCACACAUCACCCAGCUUCUCGACAUUCUAGAGACUGAAAACAGCUAUUACCUGGUGAUGGAGCUAUGUUGUGGUGGGAACCUUAUGCACAAGAUCUACGAGAAGAAGAGAUUGGAGGAGAACGAGGCUCGCCAAUACAUCAGGCAGCUGAUUCUGGCCGUGGAACACCUGCACAGGGCAGGAGUUGUUCAUAGGUGAUUGAAAUUUUUCUUUCUUUUUUAUUUUAAAAUACUCAGACUUUUUUCAUAUGUUGGAUGUUUUCUGAUGUGUUUUAUUUUUCCACCUUUUUAACCCUCCCAAAUUUAAAAAAAUAAUAAAAAAAUGGCGGGGUUGUGUCGAUUUACCUGUUACAAGGUAAUGGGCCAAGUAACCCAGACCACAUCAUUUGAUUGCAGUAUCCCUGCCCCCUUAACCCUGUAAUGUAAAACAUUGCAAUUUUAGAGCCAUGUUUAUAUUUUCAGGGUCUACCAGAUGGCCACUCGAGGCAUUUCCUGCAGUUUCACGGAGUUUAACUGCAUAAAACGACGUUGGGUGUCUUCACGCUUUGCAUGUAGACGUCGAGUGUCUUGGAGAUGGCCAGGGGGCAGGUGGGGGGGGGGGGGUAACUGAAGGACACAGUAGGGUUAGGAGUACAGAUUAGUGUUCUUUUUAGACAUCAGCUGAUAACUACUACGACGCAGAGUGAUUUUUCUGUAAUUUAUUUAUUUAUGGUAUAGUUGCGACUUUAUUCCGUUAUUUCUAACCAUGGUAGAAGACUUUCAAUUGAUGAGUCAUACCAUUUUUGUCAGAAGAAAGAUCACAACCUGUUUGCUUUCAUUAUUCCCAGAUUUCUUUUGUGACAAUGAAUUUCUGCAGAAUAAAAGUCAGUAGCUAGAAACUGAAUGAGAGAUAAGUCACCGCGCAGAAGGAUUCACCUGGGUCCUUUUUAACGAGACUCACGGUUAUAAAUAGAUUCAUUGAUGGGAGCUUUUGUGAAUUGAUAUUCUCAACACAUAAAGCUUUCUUAUUUUUUUCAACAAUACAGCAAGUUCUCUGGGUGCUAUUUAUGUGAAUGAACGUGCACAGAUCCCAAUUGGGUGUUGAUGUCAAAGUAUUGUCAUAGAAGUUACAUUAACACGAUGCUGUAUAAAUAACUUUGUAUCAUCAUCAUUAUUAAAGGACCACUCUAGGCACCCAGACCACAUCAGCAUAAUGAAGUGGUCUGGGUGCCACGUCCAGCUAGGGUUAACCCAUUUUUUUUUUUAUAAACAAAGCAGUUUCAGAGAAACUGCUAUGUUUAUAAAUGGGUUAAGCCUUCCCCCAAAGCCUCUAGCGGCUGUCUCAUUGACAGCCGCUAGAGGCGCUUGUGUGAUUCUCACUGUGAAAAAUCAGUGAGAGAUGAAUUUCCCUUGGAAUGAGAAAUUGGCUGAGAAUUAUUUAGCGACUUAGUCUUCUUCUUGUGUUCAAUAAAAGCACUGCACCUGUCCCUUAAGCCUCUGCUCAACAGGUGUUUUGGUUUGGGGAUAUGUAACUGAGCAGGCUCCUAUAUUUUGUUUGUGGGGAAUUAUGGUCAUGUGACCUUCACUUCGUGAAUGUUUAGAUAAUGGUAAUGAUUAGGUCCGUUAGAAUGCAUUCUUAUGUAGAAGUAAAUUUUAAGAAGAGGAGCCACGGUUUUUAAAAUUACCCCCACCCUCCCCUCAUUCCCCACCAUCCAAGAUUUUGCUAACUUUUUUCCUUUUGUCACGAAGAUCUCUAAUUUAUUUUCACGGUCCAGCAACUUUAUUGACUGCAAUAGCUGCUGUUUUGUGAAUUGUUGCAUAGUAGAAAAAAAGAAAAUGAUAAUUUUAAAACCCACACAAUGCUGGUUGCGCUGCUACAACCCACAGGAUAUGUUCGGUUUGAUAGGAGUUGACAAACGCAUCCUUUUCAGUGUAAUUACUGUCAGGCUAUACUGGAACCGAGUCGUGCUUCAGAAAUCUAAAACAUGGAUGCGUCUGUUUGUUUUUUCAUAAAAAAAAAAAAGUGUAUUCUAGAUGUCGAUAAAAAGAAAUCUGCUAAAACUCUGGAAAACAGGAACUUGGCCUAGGUUAAUUGCUGUGGGUCGUUCUCCCGUAGUGCCCCACCAGUGUAUAAGCAGCUACGUUUAUGUGGUUCCUGUUAUCAGAAGGCUCUGCAGUGUUCUGGGCAAUGUCAGUCAUUAUAGUGUUGACUGUCUUUAAGGACACAUGACAUGUGACAUGUCAUGAUUCCCUUUUAUUCCAGAAGUUUGGUCCUUAAGGGGUUAAUACUUUAGAGAUGUCAAAUGACUGUUUGUUUUUUUUUUAUUUGUUGUUGUUUUUUAAAGUGGUAUAACUCUCUCUGCCUUGUAUCCAAACCAUGCAAAACCCUAAAAAACAAUCUUGUUUUUUUUUUUAUAAAGUCUCUCAUUCUUUGCAACGUCUGCAGCCUAGAACCUUACACUUGUCAACAGAUAAUAAUAUCCUGGAAUGUAACAACUGUCAAAAGAUAUUAUCUUUAUAACCGUGAUGUAAAUUUAUAGGAACACUAUAGCGUUCGGAAUGCAUGUAUUCUCUGUGAGGAGCAUUUUAUUGAGUACAGUUACAGGGUUAAGAUUACAGGUCCACUGCACCCCGACCACUUUAUUGAGCUAAUUUGCUCUUGGUGUCUUUAGUAGCCCUUUAACAUUUUGGGUUAUGAUGCGAAUCCCAGACGAAAUAUACAAAAGAGAAUGGUGUGCUUUUAAAGGUACACUACUGUUUUGAUCAAGAUUGCUGUUUUAUAUGGGGCGAUAACAUAAAUCUACCCCCCCCCUAUUCAAUGUGUCACUUUCAUGCACACUGACAUUUGAUAUUGUUUGAAAGCUUGUUUUGCAGCUAUUAUGUCAGAUCUAUUUCACAGUAAACCUGAUAAGGCAGCAGUGUUACCUUUAAAGGACCACUAUAGUGCCAGGAAAACAUACUAGUCCCCCCUCCCGCCGGGCUCUGGGGAGAGGAAAGGGGUUAAAACUUACAUUUCUCCAGCGCCGGGCAGGGAGCUCUCCUCCUCCGAUCCUCCUCCUUUCCUCUCUUUCGGUUGAAUGCGCACGCACGGCAAGAGCUGCACGUGCAUUCAGCCGGUCUCAUAGGAAAGCAUUUACAAUGCUUUCCUAUAGACGCUUGCGUGUUCUCACUGUGAUUUUCACAGUGAGAAUCACACAAGCGCCUCUAACAGCUGUCAAUGAGACAGCCACUAGAGGAUUUGAGGGCUAAAAAAAUGGGUUAAUCCUAGAGGGACCUGGCACCCAGACCACUUCAUUAAGCUGAAGUGGUCUGGGUGCCUAGAGUGGUCCUUUAAGAGUAUAACAUUCUAUGUAUUUUGUUGCACUGCCCUCCAGCCGCCUGGGAGUUAAUGUGGCUGAAGUCACUGAAGUACUGCUUCAUUAAUAAGCUGACAUUUAACCCUACGCUAAUGAUGGCAGAUUCUACGUUUCCCAUGUUCCUGCACAAUUGUUAAUUGUUUUCUUUCCUACAGGGAUUUGAAGAUCGAGAAUCUGUUGCUGGACGAAAACAACAACAUCAAACUCAUUGGUAUGUUGAUGAUUUAAUUGGUUCUCCCAUUAGCAUUGUGCCUUCUGCUCCCUAUGGGCCUGUCUAAACAGAGAUUACAUGCUGGAGUCCGCAGCGGCCUCAAAAGACCCUGUGUCCUUCCUCUUUUGUUUUUGGUCUUCCUUUUGGAUUUCCCAUUACCAAAUGUUGCUGCUGACUGUGCAAGUCUUUGUUUGCAGAAGGAGUCCCCUGCCCCGGAGUUUAUUGAAUGUAAAUUUACAACCAGAUUAGACAUGUUUUUCCAACGUUUCCAGCUAAGUUAUUGUAGUAAUAGAUUUGCCAGAUCAAGGGCCACUCGUUUUUAUGAUUCCCCCCGCCCCCCAUUUUAACAAAAAGCCAGGUUGUUUUAUUUGAUUGAUUUAUUAAAUUUUUCCUCAAAAUCACAUUAAACGGAAAAGGAGAGAUUGAGAACAUUAUACCCCAAGAUAGACCUAUAUAUUGGGGAACUGGCUCAGUGCGAUCUCCCAGUUAUGUUCGAUUAGAAUCUCACAAUGGGGAAAUAAAUUCACAUUCAAUAAAACCUCAAUUCUUCUAAAUAAUGAGCCUUGGUUUCCCGUCUCCUCCAUGCCAGGAAUAUAAAAAGUUGUCCAUAUACUCGUCCAGGUUGUAUACACGCCUAUAGUGGGUUCAGGCCUGUGGGUUACAUUUGAAGUUUCCUCCUUUUUUGUACCAUUCACUUUGAAUUCCUAUCAAUCCUCACCCCAAUGGACACUCCACUGCCAAAAUACAAAAUAUAAUCUCCAUUUAGUAGAUUUACCCCAAAUAACUUGCAUGCAUUAAUUAUGUAUAUUUUCAUUGGGGGAUAGAUCUAAAACCAGCUUGCAAAACCUGCAGUUCUCUUGUCUGCAGAAUCAGACAUUCCAGUGCAGUGCAUUGGCAAGGCAGGUGCUCUUGAGUUUAACUCCACUGAGCUAAACAACCUGUUGUCUGACUUACAUUUUUAUAAAUCUUCCUGGUUAUAGCCAGGGGAGGGUAACCAGCUACAUUUUUAAAAGUUAACAUUUUUAUUGAAAUCUGAACAUUUGUAAAAUGUUAAAUAAGACUGCACACUUUUCACACACAAAGCUUUUCAGCAAGCAAAAAUGUUUUAGGGGUCUGGAGUGUCCCUUUAAGUGACUAACCCUUUGUUUUCUGGAUAGAUCACAGUAAUGUAGGUUAUCCAUUUACUGUUCGUCUGUGCAUAUCCUUUACUUCAAACUCUGAAUGCAGUGUGUCUGUUUUUCAGAUUUCGGAUUGAGCAAUUGUGCUGGUAUAUUGGGUUACACAGAUCCUUUCAGCACUCAGUGUGGAAGUCCAGCCUAUGCUGCUCCAGAACUUCUUGCAAGAAAGAAAUAUGGCCCUAAGGUGGAUGUUUGGUCAAUGUGAGUACCAAUACUGUACAAAAUGUGUGUCUGAGUUUUUAGACUUGUAAAUUACAAAUUUCAAUCCGGCGUUGUGCUGUUCAGUUGUUUUGUUUAAUCUCCUUUUGAAUGUUUUUUUUGUUUGUUUGUUUUUAAUAGUAAUUGUGUAUUUUAUCAUUUUCCAGUGAUAAUCCUGGUUGUGUGGUUUGGUUUCUGCAAAGUGACAAAUUUAGCGUGUGUAAGAAUAAAUGGAAUCCACUUACACCCACAAAAUGAGACAAAUAACAUGGCACAUCAUUUUGAAUGAUUUUUUUUUCCAUACUCUCUCACUGACUGCAUUGGGGAUUGCAUUUUUUUUCCUAGAACAAAAUAGGAAGGGGGGUGGAGAGAACACAUAAAAAUAAAUCGCCUGUAACAGCUACUCUGUAUGAGAAGCAUUUAAAAAUGGUCUGUGACUGAUCCGUAUUUCAUUUCCAAAGCACUACAUAGACGGUGAGGUUGCCAUGGCAACAUUACACUUUCUUAGAUGUAGAAAGCCUGAUGAAUGCAGCUUUUUCACACUUGGCUUUUAAAAGCAGUAGGCUCUCUAUUUAUUUAUUUUUUCUGCCUGUUAAACUUUUACUUUCUCUCAGGGCCCAGGCAGUCAUAAGUCGCCAUACGGCAACCUUAAUAACUAAACUGUGCUACUGAUUUCAGUUACACUUUGACAUGAGAAUUAAUCUGUUAUAUCCGGUAUUGCAGAGAAGGGGUAGUAAAUUAUGCAAAAGAUGUGAAGCGCCCAGUAGUUCUAUCUAUAUAUUAAUGUGUGUGUGUGUGUAUAAUCUAUUAAAUGUUAUUUAUAAAACCCUAACCUAUUCCUCAACACUCACACUAUAAUAUUACACUGACGUUAUAGAAACGCAAAUAAUUGCCAAAGGAAAAUUUUAAGAAACUAUUUGGGGGGGGGGGGGGGAGGCAGGGGGGCAUAUUCAAACAAGCUUUUAGAAUCUUAGAAACAAUUGGGAUGAUAGAUUUGGGAUGGAGUGUAAUUGGCAGGCACACUUGGAAAGGGGCAGUCAUGCCCACUGACAGGCUGAUAUGCAUGCGCUUUGCAUAAUUGCACAAUUCCCUGGUAUCUCCAGAUGGGUUACACCAAGGAACUAUAGCAGGGCGGGGGGACAGGACCUUGAAUUCGGGAUUACCCCACAAGUGGGACUAUUUGGAGGCCUGUAUCUUGGUCCCUAUAUCUGUUAAGUAAUUUUGGAGAAGCUACAUGUUACUAAAUGGUUGGGAACUCAAGCAGUCAUGACUGUCAUUUAAUGAAGCUGAAUUGAGGUUCCCGACCAUUCUACAGAGUUUUCGUUGUUUUAUUGAAGUUAUUGUAGCUGGAAAGGUCGGUAAUACGUGGAUCACACCUGUAUUGGACUUAAAGGGUGAAAUAAACAAAUUUACGGACGCAAUGACCAGACUUGAUGUUAAUUUUACUCUCGUAGUGUAGGUUCGUUAUUUGAAUAUAAAAAUGUGAAAUAAUACUGCAUAAGUCUUCUCCUGCAGUAAUCAUAUUUCAUGGUCACAAAGUGUUAUGUAAUCCAAAGCAGAAAUCCUUGACUAUUCAGAACACCGUGUUCUAUGCGUUUGCAUAACAAUGGUCAUGCGUUAUGCGGUUUUCAUUUCGCUCUACGAAACGCAGCAGCUUUCAUAGCCGAUGCCAGGUUACAAAGGAGACGCUAGAGGAGAGUGUGAAGCGAACUAAAAAAGAAAAAUCUAUAUUUAUUAAGCAUAGGUUGCUGUGGUAUGUGUAAUCAAGGAUUUUGAUUUAUGUAUUUUUCUUUCUUUUAUCAAGUGGUGUGAACAUGUAUGCCAUGCUGACUGGCACUCUGCCAUUUACUGUGGAGCCUUUCAGCCUGAGAGCUUUGUACCAGAAGAUGGUAGACAAAGACAUGAAUCCUCUCCCCGCCAACCUCUCUCCUGGUAAAUAUUGCCACGUUUCUUAAUCCAUUCAUAAGCCGUCAGCUGGAUGAAUCACGUGUAGCUGCAUGCUUCUCAAUGACUGUACGUGUCACAUGCUCCAAGGACCAGUUUUCACAGUACACAUGCUGUCUUCCCAUUAGAAUGAAGCUUUCUGUAUACUCUUAUUUAAAAUAUAAAGGGAAUAAAGUUGCAGCACAUGUAUGGACAAACAGGCCCCUACCAGAUCAGGCAGAAAAUCCACCAAUUAUUUUUUUUGUUUUGUUUCGCACAUUAGCCAUAGUCCCAGUUCUGUUCAUUAUAUAGAAUAAGUGGAACUACCCAAUAAUCUGAGCAGAAAUACCGAGGCUGCUAUCUCCUAGCUGACGUGCACAGUAAAUAUGCAUGGCCCUUGCCCGGCUGCCUCCAGAGCCAGAAUGGAUGAUGGAGAGGUCUGUGUGUACACACACUUAAACAAACAAGUUACAGGGAUCUCAUACAGCAGAGGUGGUGGUCACAUUCCACAGAUAAUGUCAGAGAAUCAUGAAACUGUAUGAUGUGAUAGAGUGACUGGGGGUUCAAUGUACUAUAAAUGAUGCAAAGUCGGUCUGGUGGUUAGAGUGACACUUUGACAGUGGUAAACUGCAUGAUUAUGUCAACGUCGGGAAACCUGCUGUUUUUCUACAGCUCUCAUAGUCCUCAGCCAGCUGUGUUUAGUGCAUGUUCUGCUGGAUGGGAACUUAAAUAUUCUAACAUAUUUCUAAUAAAUUUCCACAUUAUUAUUAUUAUUAUUAUUAUUAUUAUUAUUAUUAUUAUUAUUAUUAUUUUAUUUUAUUUUUUUUAUACUUUCUCCCAUCUCAGGUGCUGUAAGUUUUCUUCGAUCUCUGCUGGAACCAGAUCCAGUAAAGAGACCAAAUAUCCAGCAAGCGCUGGCCAAUCGCUGGCUGAAUGAGAAUUACCAUGGCAAGGGCACACAUACAGUCACCUACCCCAACAGGUGAGUUCCUGUGUACCUCUCCUUUCCUUAGUCUGACAUCUAUUGUAGACCUUUUGGACUGUGAGCAUAGUAUAAUACUCGUUUAGCAGAUAUCUCGAAUGGGAUUUGCUCAAUUACUGAUACUUCUCGUACACAAUAUCUGUUCACCUUUUACCGUGUUCAGUCUCCUGUCUACUAAUCAGAUUAACUAUGUUUAUCAUUGUUAGUAGGGAAGUCUUGUUUGUUGUUUAACACGACUCUUUGGGUAAAAUACCAAAUCAAGGAAAUAUUUCAUUUUAUGUACUUUGGAAGAGUGCUUUCAAUGUGUUUUUUUUUUUUUUUUUCAUGUAUGUCUUGAGGUGCUUUUACAAAACAAUCAUAGUGUUUAUUUUAAACCUAAAUAAAACUUAAAGCAUAAAUGUUAGUAUCCCCCUACCCUCAUAUGAGGUGGAGAUAUAGUGUAUAUAAUGACUAGUGUAUUAGAAACCUAGAAAGAACUUACAAUAGCAUAUUUACCGUUUUCCCCCCUACCCUCACAAGCAGUUGAGGUAUGGUUUAUACAAAGAAUAAUAUGUUCACAGCUUCUCAAUGAUUUGAGAGCUGUUAUUGGCUGAAAAUGCUCUUAUUGCAAUGCGUAGGCAGCCAAUAGGUUUUGAUUAUGGUGUAUGGGGAAGCAAUCUGGCUUUCUAUAUAUUUAUAUUUGUGUUGGCCGUGCCACCCCCAGUGUCGGUGUAGAACAGGGGACCACUGAUUAAAAAAUAAAAUUAAAUUUAAAAAAAAUUAUAUUUUUCCAAGAUGUAUUUAAAUAAGUAAUAGCAUUCUUUUUUUCUGUUUAUGCCUUUUUAUAAACUUCUACAAAUUUGUGCUCUGGUCAAUCUGACCACUAAAAGAGAUGAGCUUAACUGUGGUCUUUGAAUAGUAGUUUCCCUUUUGACAUCAUUGGAAUGUUGCUAUUCAAAUAUUCUAUAUGUGCUGAUCUCUCAUAAUAGAAAGUAGCCCUAAAUUGGUAAUCUUGUCUGGAGGGGAAAAAAAAAAGCCAGCAGGAAGUUUACAAAAAUUUGGAGCCAGAAUAGCUGUACCGAAUGCAGAACGGACUUGUAGAAUUUUCCCAAUUUAGCUAAAGUUAGAAAUUUGCUUUGAAAUCUGUUUCAAUUUCUGCCAGUUCACUAUUUAGUGAAAAACCCAUUAAAAUUGUUUAAAGGGUCUCUCCAGUGCUAAGAAAACAUAUACAUUUUCCUGUCACUGCAGGUCCCUCCCACACCCCAUCCAAUGUUGCUGAUGGGGUUAAAACAGGCGCAGGGUCAGGCUCUGCCCACGCUCCUCUCCCGCCGACGUCAGAUGGCGCAUUAGUCAUUGCUUUUCUAUGGGGAUUCCGGCGACACUGGAGGUCCUCAUGCAUAGCGUGAGGACGUCAAGCGUUGUUUAAAACACUUUUUGUGUUCUAAGAACACAGAAGUCCUUUUAGUGACUGUCUGAUAGAUUUAUAAAAACUGCAAUAAUUACACUUGCAGGGUUAAGGGUAGUGGGAGUUGGCACCCAGACCACUCCAAUGAUCUUGAUAAUAGGGGCUUUUAAGAGGAGAUUAUGUAGAUCCAGAGUUGAGCAGUAUUGCCCAGAAGUGGUCUGGGUGCUUGGAGUGUCCCUUUAAAGCAGGAUUUUGUGCAUGGUCUUGUUUAUACAGCCUGCCUAGGAGUCAUUGGUUUGUGGUUUAAACCUUGUCUCACUUACACAUAACAUUGUUUCAAGUGCUAAACUUUACAGCUUCUACAUGCCUAAAGGAAACUUCACACCCCUGUAAAACUCACAGCACAAACGGCACGUUUGUUGAUCUAACCGUGAAAAAGAAAAAAAGAUGAUACAGAUUCCAUUUUGGGUUUAAUUCUGUUUGGUGGUUUAUUUAUUUUUUGACAUUGCAUAGAUAAGUUAGCUCACUGUCUUUUUAUCACGUAAAUUGAUUUUCUGUCCUUUUUCCUAAGGAUCCACCUGGAAGACCUUAGUCAGAACGUGGUACUCCACAUGUCAGAGAAGCUUGGGUAUAAACACAGUGAUGUCAUCAAUGUCAUCCUCUCCAACCGCGCGUGUCAUACCCUCACCGUCUACUUCUUACUAAACCGAAAGUUGGAGCGUUACCUAAUAACCAUGAGAGUAAGUUCAGUGUAAUUAGUGUAUUAAUUGUCGGCUGCGGGGGAUUCCGUAAGCACAGCAUUUUUACCCCUGGGGACAUAACUAAUUUAUGUUUGUUUUACCAAAAGGAGACCCUUUGAUUUAAGUCCAGUUCUCAUGGAAUGCUUGGGGGGGGUUAGCUUGUGGGAACUUGCUAUGGAGAAUUCGAGGUGUUUGAUAAUAGGGGCUUUUAAGAGGAGAUUAUGUAGAUCCAGAGCAGUAUUGCCCAGAAAAGGCUGUUUGUUGCUGGUCUUUUCAUUGUAAUGUGAUUCAGCCUGUAAUUACCAUCUUUUUUUUUUUUUUUAAUCUCUUGCCAGAAACCUGACAUUAAUGACAACUUUUGCCCAAAGAGCCCGGUGCAACAAUCUGAGAAGUACAGGAUCAACAAAAACUCCUAUGAGGUGAACAUCCAAAUCUUUCAGUGGAUUCAUUGCCUGCCUGUUUCUGUCAGUGACUCUUGCAUAGUCUGUUCUCACUUUCCCACAAUGCACUGUGUUGUGAAUCGACCACACUGAGGAUUGGUUCAAAAUAGUAAUUUUGGAAAGAAUCUCAAAUGCUUCUUUUUUUCCUGGCUCAAAUAUUUUGGGAUAAAAUGUAAAAUUCACUUGUCAGUUCUCCGUGAUUCACACUUUAGUGAAUAAGCCAUUUAAAAAAAAUGUUUCCCAUUUAAAAUGUGCACAGGUUAGUAUGUCACAUAAAUGAGAGAGAAUAGGGGACACAUGAAGGCUUGACGGAAUUUAUUUAACUGGUUUGUGCUGAUGACUGGGCUGUAACACAAUAGCCGAGGCUGUAACACAAUAGUUGGACAUGAGCAGAGGAAUCGGUUGAGUGCGAUGGGCAGGGGAGCAGUUUCCUAUCCCCUAUUCUCUUCUCAAUGAACAGGAAGUCUACAGAUCUUCACUUUCUAUUGGAAUGAAAGUAAAGGAUGUGUCUGGUGUGGGUGAUACAAACAAACUAACCAUGCAUCCUGCUCCUCUUCACUGACCUGUGAGAGCUGCUAUCUUUUCAAUCAAUAGCUUGCCCUGUGAUAGAAUUCCUUCCAGUUUGCCAAAGCAGAGAGUCCAUUAUCCUUUUUGCCAUUGGCCAAAUAAUACAUUGUAACAAUCUCUUAUUUUAACGCUUUGCAUACUGUCACGGACUUCAGUUGCAUCCAGUCAUUUUUAAUUUUUAUUUUUUUAUUUUUAUAAUGACCUAAACCUUGUGAUAAAUGACACAGGAAAACAUCACAAAAGCAAGAAAUUCUAUUGUCAAUAUGUAUUUUUUUUUUUAAAUAUAUAUUAUAUAUUAUUUAUUUAUAUAUAUUUAUUUUAAAAUGCCCCUUUUUUAAUAAUAUUUUAAUAAUAAUAUUUUUAAAAUAUAAUUUUUUUUUUUUAAUGAACCACACAGAUGUUCUACUGGUAGUAAUAUUUUUUUAAAAAUUGGAAAAAUAAUAUAUAAAGUUUUCUAAUAAGUGAAAAUUCAGUUGCAGGACAGCCUGUUGACUGAUGCCUAGAUUAAGCUGCCAGGCUCUUAGUCACGUAGCUAACAAACUGUCACAUAAAUAGUUAACAGUGCUUUAUCUUGGUGUCUUUACCAUCCCCCAGCAAUGUACUCCUGCAGUUUACACUGAUGUAGCUACAAUGUUGGCAUGCAAAGUCUUUACUUAUUGGUUAUCCUGUUGCUGGGUAACCCCUCUUAUCCCCACAGUUAUCUCCAUGAUACUGAUUUACAGAGCUGGAGGGUGACAGUGAUAGGAAUCUGGUGUGAGCCUGACUUCCUAUCACCAGAAACCAUUUACAGGACAAUCGCUAUGUGACACCUGUCCAUCAUAGGGCAAACUGUCCUACAUCUAACGGACAGAAUGAUCACACAAUCUGCCCGAUAACGUAUCCUAUCUUGUUCUGCCUUUCAAACAAAGAUGACACUGGAAAAGUAAGAUGUGUGUUCCCCACCCCAUUAAAAAUCUUUUAAAAUAAUUUUUCAUUAAAUAAAAUGUAAAAGUCUUUUAUUUUUUUUUUUUUAAAUCUCUCCUUAAACAAAAAUGAACCAUUUUUGUUUCGCUCUCUUCCCUCCAUCGAGGUAGCAGUCAAUUCAAAUCACAUGACCGACACAUGGAUGGCCUUUGAAGCUCACUUUGCUGAAAACGUAUCACAUGCUUGGUACUUAUGGGGUUAAAUGAGCACACACUUUGCACAGCUGAAUAAAACAGACAAGCACCACUAACUAGGAGCUAAUGGCUCCUACACCAAAUAUAUUGUAGGAUUGCAAGCCAUGGAGCUUUUGACAGGGAGGUACUUAUUAUUUAUUUAUAAAAUAUUUAUAAAAUAUUUUACCAGGAAAGAUACAUUGAGAUUUCUCUCGUUUUUAAGUAUGUCCUCGUUUUCAAGAGGUUUGUUAUGUAUGAAGAGCGAUGUGUAGAUAUAUUUUUUUCUAUGUCCUCACUUGUUAUGUACAAUAUAUACAUGUAAUAAAAAUAUAUGUAUUUUGUGUUUGCUAGGAGAGAAAGGCUAAGGACCCAGAGAAAAGGUCAGAUCUUCAUCAGAGGGCAGCACAGAAGAAAAUAGACAAAGGAUCUCCCUCCCACAGACAACCAAACUGUCUCAUGAUGCCAGCCCAAAAUUCAAAGGCCCCUCUCAAGGAGAGAAGAUCUUCUUCCAAAUCAGACAGGGGUGAGCACUUAAAGAAUCCUAAUCCGAUCCCUUCUUAUGUGUUUUAAAGUUGCUGAGAUAUUUUUCUCCAAUAUAUUGUUGUGCAGUCUCUAUCUACUUACUGUAAGAUAAAUACGUAGCUUUUUCUAACCUGUACAGCGGAACAUUUUAAGAAUUUGCUUAAAGGGACACUACUAUUGGCAUCAAUAUAACUUUAGCUUAACAAGGCAGUUUGGGUGUAUAGAUCAUGCCCUUGCAGUCUCACUGGUCACGGCUCUGCCAUUUAGGAGUUAAAUCACAUUUUGUUUAUGUUCCUUCAACGGGGUUGGAGGAGAUUAAUUUUGAAUCAGAUGCUAACUUGCUUUAGAAUUUUUUUUUUAUCUCUUGCUCUGUAAAUUUAACUUUAAUCACACACAGACUCCUGCAGGGUCUAGAAGGCUAUUAUCAUAGCAGGAGAUAACAGAAUGUACAAUAAAGGAAUUUUAAACAUUAAAUCUCACUUCACAUUAAGUGAUUAGUAAGGCUGUGGAAGUCACAGGCAGGGAGGUGUGACCAGGACUGUAUAACCAAAGUGAUUUAACUCCUAAAUGGCAGAGAAUUGAGCAGUGAGACUGCUUGACAUGAUCUAUACACCAAAACUGCUUCAUUAAGUUGAAGUUAUUUUGGUACCUAUUGUAUCCCUUUAAUUCAUUUGGGAACCUAGAGACAUUUUGAUCAAAACACUACAGAUGUAUACGUUUACUUAAUUUAAUCUAAUCUGUAUUACAUACUGAAAAGAGGGAGUUUACUUAGCAAUGGAUUUGUGAUACAAAAAUGUUUUGUUUUUUUUAAAGCUACUUAAGACUUUAUUAGUCUGUGAGUUACUGACUGUAUUAUAUAAUUACUGGCUUUUACACUAGUAAAAUUAAAUAAUGAUUGGUGAGAGGAAACUGGAGGAGUCAUUCCUAAAUUUCGAUCAGGUCUCCUUAAGGCCAGGCUUGAUAAUUGCUAAUGUCAAGCAUUUUAACCAACUCCCCCUGAAGACACAAAAUUAAGUAAAGUAGUCAUUUAGAUUAGCUAGCUUGAAUAUAAUCAUACGUUAGACACCACACACAAACAAAAAAUAGAUCUUUGCAGUUUGCUAUACAAUACCAGCAGCUACUUUUCUCCCGUGUGUAAAAAGUGCAUUUAUACUCAAAUAGAAUUCUUUUAUAUAUUACCUGAUGCAAAAGAACUCUAUUAUUUAAAACCAUUUUUUUAUUUGUUGACAGAGUCCAUUGGAGGAUUAAGCCCAUUCCAUGAGCUCCGUUUACCUAAAAAGGGAUGUGUAACUUCGUGUUCUCUGGAAUAUUUGGAACUGCAGAGUCCUGAUCCAAGAACCCCCAAAAUUAUGAGACGUCAAGAUUCCCACUCACAGGAAGCUGUGAACGUGAAUAUGAACAUCGGAGGCCGUUUGAGGGAUACACAUCUGAAUGUUGUGCGUUCGUUUGAGUCUGUCAACAGGGAAGACCAAAUCGAAUCCUUAUCUCCCUCUCACCAAUACAGAGUUUUGGGGUCUCCGGUAUCAUUUUCUCCAAGGCACUCAAAUGAAAGAACUCUUUCCCCCAUCUUCCAGUUUGACAACACCACACCGAUGAAAACUCAUUCCAACCAAGCCUCCUUCACUUACGACGACAAAAGCAGCCCUUCUAGUUCCGAAUCUAUGUCUCCCACUUCACCUUAUUCUCCGUCAGGCAAUAACAACAUUCCUGGAAACUUAGGAAGCCCGAACUGUGUACGAAGCAGAGGUAGAUUCCCUAUGAUGGGAAUUGGACAAAUGUUGAGAAAAAGGAGCCAAGUAGUCUCACCCAAAAUGGAAAAACCUCUGGAAUCUAGAAUGCCCCAGUUGCAUCAAAUGAGCCCGGGAUAUGCCAGUUUUAACUCCAGUGAUAAUGUGUUUUGCUAG